GAAGGGGAUUUCAUCCUGGUCGAGUACGUUGGGUACGCCAACGUGUGGCACGAGCGCUUGGUGGUGCUCGCGCCCGACGGUUCGAGCCUGGCGUGCACCCUCACGCCGGACGACGACAGCUACGAGGAGGACCUCAUCGCCGUCGCUGAAGUGCGACGCUGGCUGCCGUGCGAGGGCGGACGCAUGGGCGCGUGCCCUCCAGCGGCUGCUGGGAUGCACGUGCACGGCUUCAGGGGCGCCCCCGCGCCCGCGCGGGUCGCGCAGGUGCUGGCCGCGGGAGCAGCCAGGAUGGGAGUCGCCCUCGGCGCUGAGGACACGGUGGUGCCCAACCUGGUCGGCGCUGCAGGCGGUGCUCGCCCUCGGCCUGGCGCCGCUGGCAUCGCGCCUGCCGGAGGCGCAGCGGCCGCGGCGCUCGCCGCUGGUGGCGUGGGGCCGCCCGCUGGCAUGCUGGCGGCCGCCCCCCCCGCGGCGCCCGCCGCCGGGUUCGGGGGGCCCGCCGUGGCGGCUGGGGUGGCUGGCCUGGCCGCCGCGCUCGCUGACGGCCCAGCAGCGCCCGGGGCAGGCGUCCCGGCGCUGGCAGGCCCCCCGCCGCCGCUGGUAGCGGCGCCCGCGGUUGCAGGGCCAGCUGCCGCCGAUGGCGGCCGUGGGGCCGCGGCGGCUGCGGCCGCGCCCGUGGAUGCUCGCAUCCAGCCCGUCACGUACGACUUGCAGGGCCAGCGGCACGCGGACUACCGACGCGCGGUCAUGGGCAUGACCGAGGGGGCUUUCCCCGAUUGGCCAGUCAGGGGUCCGCGGACGGCGCUGUGGGUCCUCAAGUUCAUGGAGGCUCACGGCGGUACUCCAACGGGCCGCCACUCGCGCUGGCUCUCGGAGACGCGCUUGCAGGGCACCGAGCCUGGCGUCGACGAGCAUGAGCGGGCGUGCAGGACCGUGGAGCGCAUGGUGAUCUACGACCAGCUGAAUGUUGCGAAUCUCGCCUCGGGCGAGAUGCUGGCCAGGUCGGCGCAGCUCCAGGAGGAGCGCUACAGGGACCGCGUCGCCCCGGCAGCCGACUCAGGCAGCCUCGACGCACACGUGUUGCUCGGUACUGACCAGUUGCGCGGGAACGUGUGCGUCGCGCCGAUGCUGCAGGACCACAUCAAGGACGAACUCACGAAGAUGAAUGCUUACAGGAAGGAGCAGCGCAAAGCCAGAGAGGAGCGCGACUUGGCCCGCAAGAAGAAGGGGACCAAGGGCGACAAGGGCUCUGGCAAGGCCCAGCCGUCAGCCCUCGGAGUUUCUGAAGGCCAGCGGGCGUCUCUCGCGUACAUCCAGUCCACCUUCGCCUGCCUCGAGCCGCUGGCUGAGGGCGAGGGCUUUCCCGAAGGAGCGCUUUCGGAUCUUCUCUCUGGCUCCCCGCUGUACGCCGCGGGGGGGCCUCGCCGACCCUACUCGCGGGACCUUAUCUCGUGGCCCGACGUCGGCGACGACCCCGUGCCUCUCACAAAGGUCGUUGCUGGCCCGGACGCUCAGUGGCUUAAGGCUUGGAGCUCGAGCAUGCUGCGUGGUGGCGAGGAGGCGGACGCCCUCCUGCAGCAGGUUUGCCCUCGCGGGCCGUAUGUCGACCCCCACCUUGCCUUCUCUCCGGCGACGUUCGCCGACUUCCUUGCUGAGAUGUUAAAGCGGAAGAUGAUUUGUUUCCAGGCGGAGGACCCUCGUAUCAAGCCGAUCGGAGUCUUCUGCGUGGCAAAGAAGAGCAACCGUCUGAGGCUGAUCUUUGACACUCGUACUGCGAAUGCGUACUUCACGGACCCCCCAGCCACCACGCUGCCGAGUGCUGCCGCCUUCUCGAACCUGGAGGCGCCAGGUGGCAAGGUGGUCGUCGCGGCAGGAGACAUCGACAACGCCUUCUACCGGCUGCUGAUGCCCGAGGGCUUGUGCCGCUACUUCAGGCUUCCGCCGAUCGACAGGCGGCACCUGGAGGCCCGCGGUAUCACGGGACUCCCCGAUGCCGCCAGGGUGCAGGCUUGCCUGGUCGUGCUGCCGAUGGGCUUCUCCUGGGCGCUGCACCUCUGCCAGCUGGCGCUGCGGACCGCGGUCUCGCGGGCUGGCGUGCCGGGCCACCUCAUCAUCGAGGACGGCCUCCCCGGCGUCGUCGUGGAGCCGCAGGGCCAGGCCGCCGUCGCAGGAUACGUGGACAACUACCUGGCCGUCAGCGGCGACGAGUCGGAGGCCGAUCGCGCCCUGGAUCGCAUCACCGCGGAGCUGGAGGGCGCUGGCGUGAGAGUCCACGAGCCUGAGCGGGCUUCGGACACCUGCAACUUCUUGGGGAUGGAGCUGCGGCAGGGCCGCUGGCUGGCUAUCAAGUGGCGCUCCGUCUGGAGGUUGAAGCUCGCCAUCGAGGAGCUGCUUAGGCGCGGUCGCGCCUCUGGGCAUCUCGUGCGCGUGCUGGUUGGCCACCUGACCUGGGCCUCGAUGGUGAGGCGCGAGGCGCUGGGGCUCCUCAGCGCGACGUACGCCUUCAUGAUAGCGUCCGGUGCGGAGGUGCAGACGCUCUGGCCCUCCGUGCGGACUGAGCUGUGGCGCGCCCGCUGCCUGCUGCCGCUCCUUGUGGCGGACCUCGCCGCGCCCUGGGCGACGAGGUUGGUCGCCAGUGACGCCAGCGAGGAGGGGCUGGGCGUUUGCCGCCGGCAGGCCUCAAGCGACCUCAUCGCCCGCUGCGGCCGUCUCUGCGAGCGGUGGCGGUACCGAGUGGAGGGUGGGGCGCGUGCCAGGGAAAGAGCUUUUCUCUCCUCUGCAUCGACCCGCUCACCCCUGGCAUCGUCUUUUGCCGCUGGCCCUUGCGAGCCUGCAGAUAGGGAGGUCGUGUUUGGUCACAGUCAGUUGGAUUUCGACUCGGCUUCGCUUGGCACGCUGGACCCCGACAAGUUUCCCGAGGACCCCGACCUGGAGCUCCACAACGAUGCCCCCUUGAUCUUGGAUCUCGGGAGUAAGCUCAAGGAGUUCGACGAGAUGCCCGCGGGUCUCCUGGAUGCCAAGUCUUGGAGGGGCGUAGUCGCUACGAGGGUCCAGGCGGGCCAGAACAUCUUGGGGUUGGAGGCCGACGCUCUGGUAGUUGCCUACAAGCACCUCUUGCCCCCGCCAUCGGCCUUGGAGGCCCGCGGCCGCCGCGCCGCCCUGGCGGGUCGCCUGAUGGCCGAGCGGCCGCCGAUGGGACAGCUCAGCGCCCUGGAGACCCUGGCGGUGCGGGCCAGCACGGAGGGGCAGUACCGCAGGGUCCUGAGGGAGUUCGCGGCCUUUUGCUCCGAGAGCCGCCUGGACUGGAGGGACUUCGACCAGCUCGACUUGGUGGCCACCCGCUUCCUGAACUACCAGUUCGAGCGCGGGGCCCCCGCGAGCCAGGGCUCCCUGCUGCUGGCGUCCUUGGCUCACUUCUUGCCAGGCCUCCAGGGCUCGUGGGGGGCCCAUCUGCCGCGGGCUACGAGGAGCUCGAUAGCCUGGGCGCGUCGCGUGCCCUCGAUGACCAGGGUGCCGCUUCCAUACUUCGCGGCAGCAGCGCUGGCUGGGCUUUUGGCCAUCAGCGGGCGCCGACGCAUGGCGAUUUGGAUCCUGCUUUCGUUCAGCUGCUACCUGAGGCCGUUCGAGGCGCAGGGGCUGCGAGGGGGCUCCCUCGUGCGCCCAGCGGCGCAGGCAGCGGCAUCGGCGGCUUGCUGGGCGCUGCUCUUGCAUCCCACCAGCGGCGGCCGCCCAGGCAAGACCGGGUUGUACAACGAGAGUGUAGUGAUAGAUCUCGACCGGCAGUUGUGGCCGCUGCUCGCCGGCCUCAAGGCCGCCGUGGGCCUCGGCCAGAGCCUCUGGGAUUUCACGCUGCCUGCACUGCGCGACCGCUUCAGGGAGUUCGCGGACUUGCUGCAGCUCCAGGCCCUCAACCCGACCCUCUACGCGCUGCGACGCGGCGGGGCAAGCUGGGAUCUUUUGGACGGCCGGAGGACGUUGGAGCAAACCCAGAGGCACGGCCGGUGGGCCUCGCCGGGCAGCAGGAAGCGUUAUGCCAAGGAGGCCUAUUUGCAGGAUGCCAUGACCAAAGUUCCCGACUGGGUCUUCGUGUUCGGCCGCUUCGUGCACGCCAACCUGCUAGAGAUUGUCGAGCUGGGGCCCGCCCUCACGCAACGGCCGCGCCUGCGGCAGCAGCUGCCCGCGCCCGUGCAGGCGCUGAUCGGAGCCUCGCUGCCAUAG